AUGGCGGAGUUCGGAGAGGAGGACCUGGCCGUCGCGGCCGCCAAGAUUCUGCUCAGCCUCCGGAGCAGGAACCUCGUGCGGUGGCCGGAGUGGAUCGCCCGGCCGUACGACGGUCUCCAGCGGCCAGAGGAGGCCGAGCUGCCGCCGAUCCCGGAGGGAUGGCCGAAGCGGCCGCGGUCGCGGCUGCCUGCGCGGGCUGAAGGAACCGCGUGUCUGCCGUCGCUGAAGAGCCCCUCCGCGCGGCCGGGGCGCCCCGUUCUCGGCGGAUCCGGCGCGUGUUCCGGCGAGGAGGAGGAGGAGGAGGAGGAGGAGAGGGCGUGGUCUGCCCCGAAGCCGAAGCGCCUGUCUUUCACCGCGCGGAGGCCGGAGGUACCGCCGCACUACUUCUCAGGCUCGGCAACCGGGUCCGGCCCUUCCACGAGCGGCGCCGACCGGGCGCGGUCGCGGCGACGGGUGCGCGUGAGCGAGAAGGCGACUGCCACCAGCGUGGAGUCGAGCCCGGAGACGCCCUUCGACUUCGCCAACGCCGCCGGAUCGGGAGCGUCCUCGAGCGGCGACGAAGCAGCGCGGCCGACGGCGGCGCAGGGGUCGGGCGGAGGCGGAGGGCCGUCGAGCGGCACCGAGGGGCGCGGCUCGCCGACGAAGCGCUCGCGGACGGACCUCGCCGCCGGCGAAGCUGCGGCGACCGAGGCUAAAGUGGAGGAGCACAAGAUCAAGGAGGAUUACCGGGACGAGAAGGGCCACCUGCUGUUCGACCUCAACGAAGCUUGGGGUGGUAACUAA